CGAUUGAAGGCCAAGCAUAACCGACGACCGAGUGUAGCAUAGGGUAAGUAAAGUAAUAAAAUUAUCGAACCACAGGUCUCUAGUGUACCGUUACUUCAACUAUGAUUUGUUAUCUAGCCAAACAAUAGUAGUGAUUAAGAGACUAAGAUAACUAAACUACUUAACCACUACUCUAGCUACUUAUAAGAUGAGAGGUCACUUAUGCAUGAAUCUCCUUAGGUCCAGCUUCGAAGUAAAAGCUGCAACUGAGACUCAUUCGUAUUUCGCGUUACAUAGCCUGACAAAGCCAACCAAUGCCAUGGCGUGGUUCUCCCGAAUGAGGGUUUGGAAAGGUUGCAAUGACAAAACCGAUCUUGUUCUUGGCAAGGAGAGAACAAAAAUUGACACGAGUAAGGAGAAUUGAUCUAUAUGGACAAAAAUGUAUGCUUAAUACUUAGUUGAUUACAGUGAACCAAAAGUUCAUCUCUGAUCAAUUGUUCACCUUGAUCACUCCUAAUGUGAAUGAUUUUUGUUGUUUCUCAUUUUGGACUUGUAAAAUAAAUGACUUUAAAAUUUCUUAGCGGUCUUAUAUUUGAUAGCUAAGAAUACAUAAAAAAAAAUCUCCUAAAAUUAUCCACGAUAACUAAUGCAUAGUGUUUAGUGUUUACCUCCAAAAACCAUGUUACUUGGAAGUCCAAAGUCCAAUUGAAGCAGCAGAAGAUGACGCCUUGGCUAAAUUCUCAAAUUGGGCUGGUAAUCAAAUGUACUGUUGAUACGGGUCCGUCUAAAAUGGACCUUAAUUUUGGGCCUUCAUUUUUUUUUUUUGUAGAAAUUUUGGGCCUUUAUCCAAUGAGCAAAGCCAGGAACUUUAUCCCCCAUCGAUAGUUCGCUUCGUUCAUUUACUUCACCGGUCCACUUUCUACGCGACGGCAAUAUUCAAUUCAGCCAGCAGGAGGCGAGGAUGGCGACGGCGGACGAAGAAAUCAGAGAAGUCGACGAGAUGAGCUCGGAGACGACGCCGCUAAUCGAAGCCGACGGCAACCCGAAAUCCCUAGGGACGCCGGUGCCAGAAGCGGAGAUUCAUCUUUAUCGGCAAGGGAAAGGCCCGAUUGAAGUUCUCAAGAUGAAAUUAGGAGGGUGGGAGCAGGAUCAGCUGGAGGUCCGAGACAUCCUCGAUAAGCACGGCUUCAAGUGCGUUUACGCUUUCAAUCCCGGGUCCAUGACCCGCGGCACCCCGAUCCGAUUCAACCGGAAGAACGGCAGGUCCAUGCUUGCUUAUAAACACGGAGCCGUAAUUUACAUCGACGGCGAGCCACAGGAUUCGAUGAUAAAGCCGGUCACCAAGAUCUUGUUCGGGGUGGCAAUAAUAACCUUAUUCAUAACCGUACUGGUGAAAGAACCUCCUCAGUGGAUCAAGAAUUCCAGGAUCUUUGAGGGUAACUUUAACCCGUGGCUCCUCGCUUUGGGCGUUAUUGUGUUUACACGAAUUAGGAAGAGAACCAAAGACUUCUUAGGGAAUCGCGCAGCCAAUGAAGAUGUUCAUCUGCUGCGGAACAUAGCUUGAUGGGCGACACAGAAGUUUGAUAAUCAAGUUUGGGGCUUGUGAUCACUUGAUACGGAUGAAGGCUGCAUGACAAAGAGCCUGAAGAAGGGAAGGGUGGUUCCAUCUGGUUUUAUGCUGUUGCCUCGAUAGCACCAGCUGGUGGACCUCUUCUGAGGUUAGGGCUUUGGAGUAUGUUUUAAGGCUUUGUAUACUAGGCAACAGGCUAUUUCAGAUGUGAUGUUGCGGUACAGACAAUGUUUUCUCCUUUUAUGGAACUGGAGAGAUGGACGUGAAACUAAAGAGUGGCCACCCUGUACCUCUUGUUGCAAGUGAAGCAACGUACACCAGGUUGCCUCUGUUCCAACUUCCAAUUAUGUCGACGAUAGUCUCACAAAUCCUCUAGGCGGCAUGCAAGGACCUGGUCGAGCAACUAUAUAUUGGGCCUUCUCCCGCUGUCUGAGCCACCGUCCCAACUGCCUGCACCACAAAUGAAGGUGGGGCUGCUCCACCCACCGAUGGUUCCUCCGCCACUCGCCCCACCCAUGGCCAGUUGGAAGUCCCAGCGGUUGAUAACACCUUUUAGGUGUUAUUUAGCCCUUAUUCUUAAGGCAUUUGAGUGUUAAAUCAUUGUGUCUAGGCUACCUAUCAAGUUAUUUAUGCCUAUUCGUUCUUAUUUGCAAAACAAUUCGUAUUGGCAUAUGUAUUCUUGAUAAUUCAUAGGGGAAUCAACCCCACUUUGUCGUAUUUUAUGAUUUUCUAAGUGUUUGUGAUGAAAUUACAGGUCAUAUACAUUUGAUAUUGAUCGGGAAUAGAUUGGAGUUCAUCUGAGCACGAUUGAAAAGCAUAGGAGCAAUAAGGGUAGAAAAAAACACAGGUCAUGGCCACACGUCACUACUCUUGACCAGGCCGUGACGAUGAUCGCGACCUCACGAUUGUGGCCGCGAUCAUUGGCCACGAACCUCAGCUGGCGACCAAGAAGAAGGCAGAAAGGUUUCCCCAUUCGAAUCGCGGACAUGGUGCGUUUUGACAGCGAAAAAGAUCACGUCCGUGACACAAAGAUCAAAGCCGCGAUCUUAUGAAGGAUGUUGUGGUCUUGGAGCUUAAAGACGUAGUCAAAAUGCAUCGUUUCGGGCGAUUCAGAGACGUUCCAGCUGGUCACUGUCAGGUCACGGCCGUGACCAUCGCGUCAUGCACUAGAGGCCUUGACCGCCAUCAAGUUUCUAUAAAUACCUCAUUUUCUGCACUUGACAAAAGAGAGCCGCCCUGGAGUGAGAAAGUUAGGAUUUUGGGUUGUUUUUAGAGAGAAAAACACAUUGGGAGAACUUAAUUGAAGAUCCAAUCCACCCAAGGAGGAAGAAGAAGGUGCUAGCAAGGAGAAUAAUAUUGAUUCCAUCACUCCCUCUCUUCUAGUUUGUGGUUUCUUUCUCUCUCUAUGACUUGAAUCUCUAAUGGUUGUUUAGGGAGGAUGAACCCUAGUUUAUAGGUUGUGUUUAUCUAGUUGAUUUCAUUUCUCAUCUAGCUUUAAUUAUGCUUGAGUAAGUCGCCCUAAUAUUCUUUACUAGCCUACUUGAGCUUCUAUGCUGGGUAAGAAGUUUUAGGGUUAGACGAGUAUGUGUCAUCUUGCAAAUUAAGGUUAGAUGAUUGAAUAUGAUCUUGUGGUGGAUGAGGCGACCGUACUCCUGCCAUAAGCAUGCAGAGCCCUUUUACUAUGCUAUAAAGUAUUGGUGCUUUA